AUGGACAAAAUAGUAGAGAGUCAUCAAUUCUUAGUCACUCAGCUUGACAAUGAGUCUACAUCACGAAAUCCACCUUUGAACGUGAAAAACCGUAGCCUGGAAGAGAGCUUUGUAGGUAAAAGCAGACUUUCGACGGGUCAACCUAAUGUCAACUCUCCAUCUUUAGCUUCAAAUUCAGCCCACCAGCCUCUUGGGCCUUCUCUACCUGAAUUAGAAAUCCCCAUUCGCACAACUCAACGACAGCUUGUCCAAUCUCGCCCCAAGUCCCCGCGCAAAAAUAAAGAGCAUCCGGACUUACAUACACACAUUAGCUCCACAUAUAAUCCAAGUCGGUCGCCCCAGGAACCUAGUUUCUUUCCAUUGGAAUAUCCUCCAUAUCCAACGAAUGACGUCAACUUCGAUGAAUGGACUGACUAUGCUGCCUAUUGUGGCACGGCACCAGAGCCAGAGCUUCUCAAUCUUUUGUCGAACGAAGAGAAUGCAAGUCUUCACAAAAAGUACUUCACACCUCGGUCUGCAGAUGAUCUUAACAGCGAAAAUUCAUCCUCUUGUGCCAAAAAAAAGUAA